GAAACAACGCUACUGGCCACGGUACAGCACUAGCAGUGAGAUAACUCAAGUUGGUCGGGUGUUUAACUAGCCUGCGUGUUCAGCUCCUUCUGUAUAUAGCUUAAUAUAUUUUAUUAAUGCUAGACGCUUGACAAGACUUUAAACGACGGUAUAUUUGAAUGCUGACACCGUUUACUUUAAACACGGAUUGUUCGUGUAAAACAGCAUUGAACAUCACGCUCUAUCAGUAUGUCUUACUUGGAGUGGGCAGAGUCUCAGCUUGCAGAGAUAGAGCUACUGACCAGCAUGUUUCCCACCCAGGAGGAGCUGGAGAUCACAGACCAGCUGGCACUAGCUGAGCUCAGGGACUAUGUGGAGGGCUCAGCUUCAGCUGACAGUCCCCCUCCCUCGAGACCUCACUUUCUCAUCAAGCAGAAGCUGGACACUGCAAGCAUGGAGAGGGCGGAUGUUGUUGUGUCCUGUGCUUAUCCAUCCGAAUAUCCCAGUGUGUUACCAGAGAUAACAGUCCGGUGUGCGGGUCUCAGCAGGGCCCAGCAGACACAGCUCCACACAGAUCUCAAUGCACACCUUAUGGAAAACUGCCAGGGGGAAGUAUGUGUGCUCUCUGCUGUGGACUGGGUGAAAGACAACCUGCAGCUCUUCAUUAGUAAGAGCUUAUCAGCAGCAGCCGCUCCUAAGAAAGAGUCUUCUUCUCCACGCCCACAGGAAGUGUUCAGCCGAUUGUGGAUUUACAGUCACCACAUUUACAACAAGACGAAAAGGAAGAACAUCUUGGAGUGGUCCAAGGAGCUGGGCCUGUCAGGAUUUAGUAUGCCUGGGAAGCCUGGUAUUGUGUGCGUGGAAGGUCCUCAUUCUGCCUGUGAGGAGUUCUGGUCCAGAGUGAAGGUUCUGACAUGGAAGAAGAUCAUGAUUCGACAUAGAGAGGAUAUUUCCCUUGAUCGUCCAGGCGAGGACAGCAGAACUGGUGAAAGUAUAGACUCCCUGCGCAAAUUCACAGGCUUUGAAGAGGCAAUGUUUGACCCCCAUGGGAACAGAGGUAAUCACAUGGACCUUGGGCAGCUCUACCAGUUCUUAAAUGAGAAAGGCUGUUGUGACGUCUUUCAAAUAUAUUUUGGCAUUGAAGGUAGGUAGUUGUCAGAUCCAGAGAAUGAGUAUACAUAGGUAACUGGUGCCUUGUCAUUAAAGUCACUUCUCCUGAAAAUAAGUGUUACCUUAAAAAUGGAAAUGCAUUCAUUAUUGUUUAUUUUUAGCUUUUGUUUUACAUACAAGCACACAAAUGGGUUUUGAGCAUCUGGUCAGAUGUGCCUGAAAUAACUGAAUAACCAUUUUACGGAUGUUGCUCAGCUGUUACACCUGGGACUUCAUUCGGAUAGAAGGCAGAAAGAACAUUUCUGCAAUUUUCAGAAACUAAAACUUCUUUUUAGCUAAUAGGCAUGUUUUUCAAAAAGAAGCAUUAGAAAGAUGUUUAUCUGAGAGUUUUCUCGAGGAGCUCAGUUAUAUUUGCAAUUUUAAUACUCCUGCAAGGAUCACACCUUGCCCUAGGUGUUUCUUUCCUCAAAUGGCACCGCUGUGUAUUACUGCCAGGCUAUUAUAGGAUUUUCAGGUCUGAUACCACAUUAAUAAUUGGACAACAUAGUCAACAAUCUGCUAGAUAUCUGUUUAUGAAAUCUGUUGAUUUUCCUCUUAUGAAUUAUAGAUAACAUAACCGUGGAAAGUCUUGCUCUCCAAUUUUCUUUGAAUGAUUCGUUCUUAGAUAAAUUGUGCAUAAUUGUGGAUUACACUCUGGUAAUUAAAACGUGUGGGUAUUGAACAUUUAAAAAUAUUCAUAUAGAUCUUUAUGUGGAUUUUGUAUGUUCCACUGGGGUUCAGUGGAAGGUUAUCGUGUCAAAUAUAUAGUCCUGGUGCCACUAAAUGGAUAUUCUAUUGGUGAUUUUAUCAGCAAGAGCAUUCCUUACAGUAAUCACUUAUAUACUAUAUCCAUUUUUAGUAUCAUACCACCACCCUACCAUAUGUGUCACACAUACACAAUUACAAGACUGGUGGGACAGGGUGUCCUAAUGCUUUGCAAAUACCACUAAAAAUUAUCACCUCAAAGGAGUUUGAACCCUGAGUGACAUUUCAGAGUUCAGACUUUGUUAACAAUUAACUGUACUUUUUAGUAACCUACUGAUUUUUCACCUGGACUGUGGUGCAAGAUCAAUACUAGAUGACCUGCUGAAGUCCAGCUUGACAUAGAGUUAUUAUGAUGACAAGAAUUCACAAGGACACACCACUUGAAGACAAGCUGGUUCAGUAGUUUGAGGCAAUGGAUUGUAUUUACUUGGAAAUUUGCUUGGGCUAAAAUUCCCAGCAGAUGGCAGCAUUAUAUAACCAAAGUUGGAAAACAUGACAUCCUUAGAUGGUACCUGUGAUUUCUGAAUGUUAACAUAUUUAACUCUACUAAAAUGCAUAAUCCUUAAAAAAAAAAAAAAAAAAAAAAAGACCUGCAUUUGCCUAAAAUUAAGCAAAAGUACAAUACUGCUUUACUUAAGAAUAUUUGCAGGUAAUACUUGGAUCAAGUAUGAAAAUAUAUAUAUUUUUAAAAAUGUAACUUUUAUGAGCCAUGCAGAUUAAAAUGUUAAUUCUAUGGUGUUAAAAGGUAAUUGUGGACUUUUAAAACAUCAAUACACUAACAACAACAAGGAGUUUCUCUAUAAAUGCUAUAAAAUACCUCACAUGCCUCUACAUUAUCUUAUGUGCAUUUUUUAAAAAAUGGUUUAGCUUUUAUAUUUAUCUAAGAUUUUGUAACUGAUGAGCUGACACCAGAUCAAGGGAUGGCUAUGAGGGGGGCUUUGUCAGAUUUGAGUCCCAGGUGUCUUUUGUCCUGGGAGAUGUUGGUCCUGGUGGUCUCCUGUUCUGCUCCUCCUCAUGUCACGGAUUCUUGCUUUGCCCCCAGAGAGUAGAUACUCACUCAAGUCAGACCGCUAACUUGCCUCUUUAGAAGUCUCAUCAGAGGGCUCUUCUGUCUGUUUGUUUACCAAGCAGAGCUCAACUCCCAGGUGCAUCCACAACUUCAGCUUUUCCCCCAAGACAAGACACUCUGAAUCAGGGUGAGCAACCUCUUCCACCCCCUCAUCCUGUGGUUCUGGGUUUAAAAUCCCUUGCUGAGUAAGCAUUUCUAGUGCAAGGUGUCUAAACUGAAUCAGUCAGUUGAUGCCUUUGUCAUAACUGUACUUUAUAUGGCUGUGACUAAACAGUCUUCACUCCUCUAAAUAACCAGCAUCAAUGCAACUUCAACUGGCUUCAUUUUAUGUUUACUCAAACUAGUUAAUAAAAUAUAUACAUACAGUAGGGGUCUGGACCUUAGCUGUGGACACAUUCAUCACUGUAGUAUGGUAUCGACUCAACAUUUCAAGGACUUUCUUAAAUAUCAAAAGAAUAAACAAUAAACACAAGCAGAAAGGAAUAAAAUAAUUUGAUCAACAUUUGUACAUAUGCAUUACAGGAUUUGAAAAUGUGUCAAUCAAGCAAUAUUUCUGCCAUAAUAUUGCUGAGCAUCUCUAGCCUCAUCUGUGUGGAGUUUGGGUUAGCUGGACAUUGGUCGAUAUAUCGUUAAAUGAUCUGAUAUGAAUCACGAAGAAUACCUCUUUUCUACAUUUAAAUAUCACCUGCCAUUUAAGGUGAUGAUUUACAUAAUUUCAUAGUAGAUUUGUUAAAGCAAUGACCAGUGGACUAUGAAUUGCCAACUUUUGUAAGAAAUCAGUUGUGAAUGCUCUUUCAAUAAAGACAGAAUUUGUUUUUAUUCCACUCUGUUAAUUUGCUUCAUUCUACGCACAGAUGACUUUCAAGAUGCGUCAUUGAUUUCCUCUUUCAUUUUUUUCGGCCAUAAAUAUACAACAGUACACCUACAGAACAGCAGAUUACACAUCCUAAAGAUUACUUGAAAAUACCAAAGUGCUAAUUCAAAGGAAAUGUGUUGACAAGUGUUUGAGUUACUGUAUGGCUUACUAGAUAACAUCACAGUGCUCCUUUGCUUACUGUUACACUUUGUGAAUGUCCUUCAUUCCUUGGUAAGUGAACUGAUGAGUAGCACCUGUAUGUUUCAGGAUAUGAUCCUGAUAUUGCCAAAAAUAAAUGCCCUUCUAACUAAAGCCAUGAUGAAUUUGUGCCUUGAGGCAUGGCUGUGAAUGACCAAGUGGAAAAUGACAACAUAUCUAAGUCAUGGCCACCUGUUCCCUCCAUCAGAGGUUCACAGACGAUAUCUACCUGCUAGAUGUGACUAUGUAGUUUCUAGUAGUUUUAACUGCAGUGUCUAGAAUACUGAUGCUCACCAGUGGAACAGUGUUAUUGACCUGUGCUGCAGCUACAGCCGUAGUGCAAAUCAUUAACACUACCUCUGGUCAAUACACGUCAACAACACCUUAACAGGUCAAGUGUGGAUCACUCCGUAGCAGUUUAACUAUCUUCUUUGUUAUCUUAACCCACGUCAGUAUUCUCCAUCCUUACCCUCCAACAGACAAACAGUGCCGUCUAUAAGAGGUAGAACAGUGGCUGAUUUUUGACAGAUUUAUAAAAUUAAACAUUAACCUUCAGGGAAAGAGAGCAGAGCCCAUUUCACACAGCAAAUGCCAUAUGAAUAUGUGUGUAUUAUUCAGGCCCAUCAUGUGACAAGAUGCAUCAGUAUGAAUGGGUGGCUUUGCUCAUUCACGAAGCGAUUUACUGGGCAAAAGGGCUAAAAGUUCUACACUGUAUGCCCCAUACAGAUACAAUACAUAAUACUAAAUGAAAAUCUCAAAGCUGAGGAGUCACUCUAACCUGAGUAAUUAAUUCCUUUCAUUUCUGGAGUAGAGAACCAACUCACAGACUGCACUGUAUAUACACUGUAUAAACUUACAGUUUUAUGAAAGUAUAUGGAGGCCAUUUAAUUUAUGAUGAUUAUCCUGCCUACCUGGGCACUAUGGGUUCGGGCUCCACAUGGGAAAUGUCAAUGAGACGGCUCAGCAGAUCAAGGUUUUGCUCUGAGUAUCUGGAAAUCUUAGGGGUGCUUUUCCGUUUCCUCUGAUCAGGGGUCUCUGCGACACUAAAAUCAUUAUCACAAAACUACAGGGACAGGUGGCAAAGGUUGGGGCAGUGGUGGUGUUCAUUUCCUUCCACUUUCCUGCCUCACAGCAUUUCAUUGUUCUGUGACAUAUUAAUAUUUUUACAUUAAAUGAAAGCGGGGAACAGGACCGCACCUAAAUGGCUAAGACUGUUGGUAAGACCAUUGCAUACUUUUAUCUCUAUCAUUGAAUUACUGGGGUGACAUUGAGGAUUUGAAUCAUGAAAGGAAUGGAAAAACACACACAUACACAUACACAUACACAUACAUACAUACACACACAUCAGCCUCUGAAUCAAUCAACUGAGACUUUUGCCACUGACAACAUUUCUGGAAUCUCCUGAAACUCAUCAUCCAUAUUGAAUUUCCACAGAUGUAUUCAUACCCCAUGUUUGAUGCAAUGAGCUAUCGAUCAAAACCCAAACAUGUAGCCUUGAUUUAAUGAGCCUGCCUUUACAGUAUAAUAAGCAAAAAUAAUGUACAUUUUCCUCCUACAGAGCAGUGCAUGAUGCAUAGAUAGAGCUAUUGAUGCAUCAUAGAGCUAUUGAUGCAAUCUGCAUAUAUGGGUUAGAUUUAAAAACAGUUUCAACCAUUUCUGUUGUUGGUCUUUUGUUUUCCCUGCUUGACUUCACAGCAUGUUGUUAACACUUUACUUUAAGUCCCCCUUUUUAGCAAAUAUAAGCAGUAUGCAAACAUUUAAUAAAUUGUUUAUGCCAGACUACUAAAUCUUAAGCAUGUAUUCAUCAAGAUGUAUAAUUCCUCUUCUGGACACUCAGUGGAGGCUGCUCUCAGAUAAUUAAUGACAGUAAAAUGCAGUUGUGAUAUUCAUAGGAAAAGAUGUAAUUGCUGACAAAUUAUGUACAUUAAUAAGCACUUCAAAUGUCCACAUAUCUUCAUACAACUACAUUAUAGUGUGUUAUAAACCAUUUAUCUAAUGUUUGCACACUGCUUAUGCUAAAUAGGAGGACUUCAAAUGAAGUGUUUAUACCAUUUUGUCUUCCCACUCUAGGAAUACUUUUGACGAUGCAUGGUAAAUAGGAUCUGUAGUCGAUGCAGAGUAUAUAAUAGCUUGGAAAAUGACUGCAGAAAUCCUAUCCCUUGUUCUUGAAGCCCAUUUUGGCAACUCUUUGUGAAAAUCAUUUUUACAUUAAACUUCAUUCACACAUGA